CUCACUGCUCCUACAGACACUACGCCUAUUCUCAAGAUGACGGCGGGGCUGUGUGUGUGCGUCCUACUCGCGGUCUUAUGCACAAGCUGUUUGGGGCUCCCCUUCUCCACACCAACCCAUGAUCAGGGACAACGCUCCGUCUCUGCUCCAAAUGAAGCCCAUCCUGGGACCGACAUGCACACUUUUGGAGAGCCCCACUCCAGACACAAGCGCUCUGUCUCGCUCAAAUCUCUGCCCCCUUCUGAGGAGGAAGCAGACUCUAGAGCCAACCUGAGUGAGCUCCUGGCUAGAAUAAUCUCAUCUAGAAAAGGGUCCGUGCGCAGAAACUCCACAGCCAACAGCAGAAGCAGUGCUCUCAGUGCCAACCACCGGAUAGCAGACAGGGACUAUUUGGGCUGGAUGGACUUCGGGCGGCGCAGUGCAGAGGAAUAUGAAUAUCCCUCGUAAGAAAGUGAAGAAAGGAAAAUACAAAAUAUAAAAUCAAGCUGGCUCUUCACUGUCUCACAAUAAAACAUUUAUUUGAGAUGUAUUUGUUGUACAUUGGUUUGUAAAACUGUAAUGAUGCAAUAUAUACAUAUGCCAAAUUUUGCAGAAAAC